AUGGCGGAGUUUGCUCUUGGGUUGACCAAGACGGCUGUGGAGGGGACCCUGAGCAGGGUGAAGUCGGCAAUUGAGGAAGAGACCAAGUUGAACGUGCUGGUGCAGAACGACCUGGUGUUCAUCACCGGCGAGUUUGAAAUGAUGCAAUCGUUUCUCAAAGUCGCCAGCAAGGAGCGUGCCAAGAAUGAAGUGGUGCGCACCUGGGUAAGGCAGGUCCGCAACCUGGCGUUCGACGUCGAGGACUGCGUCGAAUUUGUCGUCCACCUCGACAAAAAGUCUGCUUGGGGGUGGUGCCGGCGCUUGUGGCAUUCGGUGUACUGCCAUGCACCACCGCUGCCCCUGGAUGUGGCGGUCGCUGAGAUCAAGCAGCUCAAGGCCAGGGUCGAGGAUGUAAGCUUGAGGAACACACGCUACAACCUCAUCAGCGACUCCGGCUCUGACUCAAAGGACAGCUCGCUGGUGGAGGAACCCACCGCAACUGGCCCAUCAGCAUUCCACAUCCUGCGCGAGGUGUGGGAGGUUGCUGGGAAGCUACGUGGCAUGAUACAGCUCCAAGAGUUGAUCGCUCGUGAAUCCAGGGACCUUCAAGUAUUCUCAGUAUGGGGAAGCAGAGGUGGUGAUCUUGGAAUAACAUCCAUGUUCCAGGAGUUGUACUCUGACCCCAAAAUCUGCGAAGAAUUUGAUUGUCGUGCCUGGGUAAAGCUGAAGCAUCCCUUUCACCCCGAUGAGUUCUUUGAAAGCUUGUUGACUCAGUUCUACCCGAGCUAUCAUGGAGCGAAACUAGGUGCAGACGAUCUCACGAAGGCCAAGCUUAAGCAGCAUGUGAACAAGCGGAGGUAUCUCGUCAUCCUGGAAGAAGUAUCUACUGUGAUAGAGUGGGAAGCCAUCAAAAUGUGCUUGCUGGACUGUAAGAACGGAAGUCGGAUAAUCGUAUCGACAAAGCAGUUAGGGACUGCACUUCUGUGCACGGGGGAGCCAAACCUAGUAUCAGAGCUCAGGCGGUUCUCCGAUGGUCAAUCUCUUUGUGCUUUUUUCAGGAAGAUCUCUGGGUGCUGCAUUGAUAUGGGUGAACUCAAAUGGCAUCUAAGAGAACGUCGUGGUGUGUACUCUGUGUGUGGUAGCAAACAGAGAACACCAGUUAUGGUCAGAAAGCUAUUCCGCAGCAUAGUGCAAAAGAAGGAAGAAUUCAACGGACUGGUAUUUCAAACGUACAGAUGGGUCCGUAUGCUCCACCCGUUCAAUUUGAGAGACUUCUCUCGGCGCUUAUUACUGGAUCUUUCUUUGUGGGAUUUAGAAUUUGAUUAUUUUGAUAAUAGAGAUUUUGAUCACGAUUAUAAGUGGAAGCAUAAUCUGGGUGAUGUUGAAGCUAGGGUGGAAGCAUUUUUGAAGAUGGAAGACAAAGACCUAAUUGAGGGGUGUCGGAAACUUAUGUGUGAAGACGACUGCCUCGUAGCUAUUAAUUGUGUGAAGUCCGAAGAUGACUGGGACUUGAUAAAUUCUACCUUCUUGUUGGACACCGUUAAAGGAUGUAUCGUUGUUCUUACAGAAGAAGAGAAAGUGGCCAAACAUUGUGUGGAGAAUAAGGAAGGCCGAAUACUCCUGAUCAAUGAUCUGGAAGCCGACGCUGUUGUGGAGGAAGAAGGAGAUCGCCUUACAAAGCUUACAUUUGAGCCUGGUGUGGUGUCAGUGUGUGGUAUUGCUGGUGUCGGGAAAUCAGCUGUCAUCAAACAUAUUUAUUGCAACAACAUGCUCUGUUUAGGCACAUCUUAUACGUUGCAAGAUUACAUCAUGGAAUAUAUUGAUGAAAAGACAUUUAUGGAGUACAGCUGGGUGAAUGUGAUCCAUCCAUUCAAUUUAACGGACUUCUCUCAGCGCUUACUCCUGGAUUUCUAUUCCGACGAUCUUCAAGUUAAAGAAGUUGUAGCAGUUCGUCUAAUGGAAGGCCAUGACCCAAUCCAGGGGUGUUGUAGGCUUUUGCGUGAACGCGCGUGCCUCGUGGUUGUUGAUGGCCUACGCUCCACCUAUGAGUGGGACCUAAUAAAAGCCAACUUGCUACCAGGGUCUUCUAAGUCCUGUAUCAUUGUUAUUACAAAUGAAGCAAAGAUCGCCAAGCAUUGUGUUGAUAAGGAAGACAACAUGGUCAACAUUAAAGGGCUGGAACCUGACGAAGCCCUUACUCUAUUAACAAAGGUGUGUGUAAUUUACUCUGAAGAAGUGGCGCCCUCCCCCGACAUAACCCUCCCCCGGGUGGCAGCGCCGCGCCACUCCGGGGAGUCCCUCCCUCCUCCCCGGCCCCCGGCUCCCCAGCCCCUCCCUCCCGUCGUCGCCGCCACCGGAGGUGUCGCCGGGCAAAGCCCGCGUGACAUGGAGGCGGCGGGGGUUUCAGGUGGUCGCGAUCAUGGGGGGUGCGGGCGGCGAUCCGGAUCCUUCUUGUGGUGGUGGUGGUGGUGCGCGUCGUCAACGGCCGGACGGCGAGGCGGCGGCGGUGCUGGAGUGGCCAGAUCUUGGCCCUUGGGCCUGGAGGCGGCCGGCUGCUGCGCCUUCUCCUCCGCGCGACGGGAUGCUCCGUAUACAUCACAUGGGAGCCAUGGCGGAGGCCCUGGCAUGGCGGCGGCGACCUUCUCCCCGGAGGUGGACGGCCUCGUUGGGAUCUGGGUGGGGGAUCUUGGGAUCCCACAUAGAUCUCCGGCAGUGAAGAUCUAG